AUGCCCUGGGGGGUUGGCUUCACCUCAUCCAGGUCGUGCGUGGUGGAUCUAAGCAGGAAUCAGAGCCUUUGGUGCACGGGGUCCGACGAUCACUUUUCCUUUUAUGGGGAAAUCCUUGCUUUCCCACUGCAGGAUUACGGCGGGAUCAUGACAGGGCUGGGAUCUGAUUCGUGGUGGAAGAAAACCCUUUAUUUGACUGGGGGGGCCCUGCUCGCCGCUGCUGCCUAUCUGUUCCACGAACUCCUGGCUAUUAGGAAAGAACAAGAAGUCGAUUCAAAAGAUGCCAUCAUCCUACAUCAAUUCUCAAGGCCAAAUAAUGGCAUUCCCAGUUUAUCUCCUUUCUGCUUGAAAAUGGAGACUUACUUGAGGAUGGCUGAUUUGCCUUACCAGAACUACUUUGAUGGAAAGCUUUCUCCCCAAGGGAAAAUGCCAUGGAUCGAAUACAAUCGCAAAAAGGUAUCCGGCACAGAGUUCAUUAUUGAUUUUUUGGAAGAGAAGCUUGGAGUGAAUUUAAACAAACACCUUGGCCCACAUGAGAGAGCUGUUUCUAGAGCAGUAACAAAAAUGGUGGAGGAGCACUUCUACUGGACCUUAGCCUAUUGCCAAUGGGUGGACAAUCUCCAUGAGACCCAGAAGAUGCUUUCUCUUGGUGGUCCCUUUAGUGACCUACUGAAGUGGAUUCUCUGCCACAUAACCAAAGGAAUUGUGAAGCGGGAAAUGUACGGACAUGGCAUUGGCCGCUUUUCUGAGGAAGAAAUAUACAAGCUGAUGGAGAAAGAUAUGCGCUCGUUGGCCAGUCUUCUGGGUGAUAAAAAGUACAUCAUGGGACCCAGGCUUUCUACUUUAGAUGCUACGGUGUUUGGUCAUCUGGCUCAAGCAAUGUGGACGUUGCCUGGAACUAGACCGGAGCGCCUCAUUAAAGGAGAAUUGAUCAACCUGGCUAUGUACUGUGAGAGAAUAAGAAGAAAAUUCUGGCCGGAGUGGCACCAUGAGGAAGACAACACGCUGUAUGAAUCAGAAGAAAGCAGCGAAGCAAGCAAAAGCCACCCACUGCUGGACUUCAGUUUUUAUUCAAGGACAGAAACAUUUGAUGACGAAGGACCUGAAAACAGUUUUUCCCGAACGCCUGAUACCGAUUACACAGGGCACUCCCUCUUUGAUUCUGAUGUGGAUAUGGAUGACUGCACAGAUCAUGAACCAUGCAAAUGACGUGUCUA